GCGGCGCCGGUGUGAGGGCAGCUCACUUUAACCACACAGCUGCUGGAAGACUCAAUUUUUCUGUGGAGUUUAUUUUUUUUAUUUAAUUAUUAUUAUUAUUAUUUUUAUUCCAUUUAAUUUCUACCCAUUUGCACUAUUUGCAAAUUUCUGCAUUCAAUUUCUUCUUCUUCUUCUUCUUCUGGGGAAAAAUGGGUUGUCAUGCAGAAUGAGUGUGUAGGAGGAAAAAGAAAAUUGGAGAAAGAGUACACACUUUUUUAGUGCUAGUGCAAAAGGCUGAACACACACACACACACACACACACACACCUGCACUACCACACACACAGGAGUUUUGGAUUAUCAUCUUCAUCAUCUUCAUAAUCUUUAACUUCAUCAUCAUCAUCAUCAUCAUCAUCAUUUUCAUCUUAUCACCAUCUCUAACUCCUGCCAUGCGCUCUCAGUGCCAGCUUGCACUCUUCUUCAUCCUGCUCUGCCCAGUCAACAUCAUCGGCAUGUGGUGGGCAGUAGGCAGUCCCCUGGUCAUGGACCCUAACAGUAUCUGCAGAAAGACGAAGCGUUUGGGAAGUAAGCAGGCCGAUCUUUGUCAGAACCAUCCGGAAAUUGUGACAGAAGUUGUGAAAGGAGCGAAGCUCGGAGUGAGAGAGUGUCAGUACCAGUUCCGCUUCCGACGCUGGAACUGCACCAGCCACAACAAGUACUUUGGAAAAAUCCUACAACAGGAUAUCCGGGAGACAGCUUUCGUGUACGCCAUCACGGCGGCUGGAGUGACUCAUGCAGUAACUCAAGCCUGCAGCAUGGGGGAGCUGCUGCAGUGUGGCUGUGAGGCUCCUCCUCCUCGCCGGGCUGAAGUUCCACCCAUUGUCGAUGGGGCAUGGGAUGGGGGUGGGGCCUGGGAGUGGGGCGGUUGUGGAGAUGACGUGGAGUUCGGGUACGACAAAUCGAAACAGUUUAUGGACGCCAAGCGCAAGAAGGGCAAGAGUGAUAUCCGCACUCUUAUCGACCUGCACAACAAUGAGGCCGGACGCCUGGCAGUGAAGAACUACAUGAGGACUGAAUGCAAAUGCCAUGGGCUGUCGGGUUCCUGCACACUGCGUACCUGCUGGAAGAAGUUGCCUCGGUUCCGGGAAGUGGGCAACCGUCUUCUCGAGCGUUUCAAUGGUGCAUCAAAGGUGAUGGGAGGCAAUGAUGGAAAGACACUGAUCCCUGUUGGCCAGAACAUAAAAGCUCCAGAUAAACAGGAUCUGAUCUAUUCGGCUGAGUCACCUGACUUCUGUCUUCCAAACAGGAAGACAGGUUCUCCAGGAACCAGGGGGAGAACCUGCAACAGCACAGCUUUGGACGUGAGUGGGUGUGACCUGCUGUGCUGUGAGCGAGGGUAUCGAGAUGAAGUUGUUGUUCUGGAGGAGAACUGCCUCUGUCGAUUCCACUGGUGUUGCGUUGUCCAGUGUAAAAAGUGUUCAGUCCGCAAGGAGCUCAGCCUCUGUCACUAAGUUUUUAUCCGGUGGACAUUCUAAAACUACACCAUCCUGUUGGUGUUUGCAGUCCCAGAUCACCUGGCUUGUGUGCUUGUGGGCUGGAUCACUGACUCGAGAACACUGACUGCCUUGCUAUAGAACUUCAAUUGUAUACCCUCCUGAUGGAGUUCCAGAUUACUGCCUCAUCAGUUGGAGAAUCAAAAACAUGGACUGUUCCAGAACAUGAUUAGCCUGCAGAGGAUUCAUGAAAUGUGAACUGUUCCAUUGAUGGGUCUAGAUAAACCAUUCUAUUGUAGGGGAAUCUAGAACACUGAGGACAUUGUUGGAACAUAUGCUGUCUUGAAAAAGUUCCAUUUUACUAACUGAUCAACUGGAGAAUCUCAUCUCAUCUCAUCUCAUUAUCUCUAGCCGCUUUAUCCUGUUCUACAGGGUCGCAGGCAAGCUGGAGCCUAUCCCAGCUGACUACGGGCGAAA